CGCUCGGGGCGGCGCCGCUCGGGGCGGUCCGUGCAGGAGGAAGCGCGGCCGGGGCAGAGCGGCCGGAGCCGCAGCUCGGGGUGGGCACUGCCAGGCAGGCCACGUGUGUGACGAGGGGCAGGGAGAUGGAUCGUGGAGUCACCGUGGAGAACCCCUACGCCAGCGUCAACAUCCCACGGGAGCAGUUCCAGCAAAGCUUCAUCACUCGCUACCUGAGAGACGAGCCCACCGUCAUCGGCAACCCCGCAGCCGUGCCCUGCUACGGCACGGAGGGACACACGGAGCCUGCUAAUGGCUGGAACAGCCCCACCCUCUCCACAGACAAGUCCUGGUCCCGUCCCCACAACCCCUACGCCAGCCUGAGGAUGCCCAACGGGGACUCAUCUGCCUCCUUCUACACGGUGACCCUGGACAAGCCAGCCAAGGGCCAGGAGCAGGGGGCUGGCAGGCGAUGUGGCUGCUGCAGCUGCUGCUCCUGCUGCCCAAAGUGCUGCUGUGUCAUCUCCUAA